CAGUCUCUUCAUUUCAUCUUCCCACUCUCCUCCAGUAUCAGCUCUUUGAAUCAAUUGUCAUCUAGCUUGCCAUAAUGACGAGUGAUGAUCAACAUUUCUUCGACGUUCUAGCAAACGUGCCGAAUGACAUCAAAAAAUACUCCAACGAAGUCGCCGACACUAUAGAUCGGCAUUUCGAAUCGGUGGCAAAAUCUCUGCGCGAAGCUCUGACAUCGUCAAAAUGGCUUCCUGAUGCAGCUAAACCAGCUCCAAAGCCCGUCUACACCCCUCCGCCAGUACCUCUAAGCUACUAUGAGCGUGCACACGACUGGGUAAUGAAGCAUACCGCAUUGACCGCGGCCAUCAUCGCAUUCGUCGGCACAGGGAGCUUCCUCAUCUACCGACAACGGAAAUCAUACAGUCGGAAGCGGAGAGCGAGGCGCGCGAGCAACGGCGCACGCAAAGAUGUCGUUGUCAUUGCGGGAUCACCAUCUGACCCCAUUACAAAGUCGCUCGCGCUCGACCUCGAGCGGCGCGGCUUCAUCGUCUACAUUGUCGUCAAUACCAUUGAAGAAGAGCAACUCGUCCGGAACGAGUCCAGAGUUGACAUUCGUCCUUUGAAUAUGAACAUUGUCGAUCCACUAAGUUCCCAAACUGCCGUUGAACAAUUCCACCGCAUCCUUGUAAACCCCCAAAUUGCCUUCACCGGCGCGACGCCCCACCACCUCAACCUCUCGGGCAUCAUCGUCAUCCCAGACAUGACGUAUCCGUCUGGACCCAUCGAGAUGGUAUCGCCCGACCUGUGGUCCGACGCACUCAACAUCAAGGUCCUCGGAACCAUUGCGACGACUCAAGUCUUUUUGCGCAUGAUUCGCGAUUUCCACGCCCGUCUAUUAUUCCUGACACCCAGCAUCAUCCCCUCACUUGGCCCACCGUUCCACGGCGUCGAAACAUCUGUCGUCGCCGCUCUCGACGGCUUUACCACCAGUCUCCGUGCCGAACUUGGCACUAUGGGCAUCGACGUAUGCCAGCUGAAACUAGGCACAUUCGACUGCGGCUCUGUCGGUGGUCGCCAGCACCUGCAGACAUCUAUCCAUUCUACUCGCGCCGAUGUCCUUUCCUGGCCCGCCACUGCCCGCGCUGCGUACGCCAAGAAUUACGUCGCUCAGACCCACGCCGGAAACAGGAGCUGUACCGGCAACGGCAACGGCAACGGUCUGAAGGGCAGCCCGCUACGAGAAUUGCACAAUGCCGUCUUUGACGCCCUGACGCAAUCCCGCCCCAAACAGCUCUGGCGCGUCGGACGAGGAAGUCUGGUCUACGAUGUGGUGGGCAAGUGGGCGCCCCGAGGCCUCGUCGGGUGGAUGAUGGGCGUCAAGAGAGUCUCUCGAGAAGAGCUCGAAGAGGCGUUUGUGCCAGAUGUAACUGGUAGUGUGGAGUGGGAGAAGGUUGAUAAGCUGGUUUGAAUUUGUGUCAUCUAUGUUGCCGUUAUUUGGUUGGCUGGUUAUGUAGGUGUGUUUGUUUUUCUUGGUCAUAUCAGUUGUGCUGCCUGGUAGGUUAUGUUGGAUUAUCAAAUUCUUUGUUGCUCGACUUGCCAUCUGCGAGAAUUAUGUUCUUGGUUCGAAUUGACCCCGUCUGGGUAUCAGCUGCUGGAUGGGAUUGUUUUGUUUGGGGAUCACCUUCUGGGUUCGAAUUUCCUCGGUUGGUCGAAUGAGGAGUUGAAGGAUGCUGCAAUUGGAGACUAGGACGGUCAGGGCUGUUGAUAGUCGUGGAGUUUUUGUUGUUCUUUGAUAUUGGGUUUCUUUGACGAGUUCUGAUCACCUUAUCCCCCCUCUCGUUAUUCUUUUUGACAUCUAUCUUCACUCAAUUCACGCAAUCCUUCUGGACUUUUUUUUUGUGGUUUUGGUGCUCUGGUUGGGUAUGAUAUAUGUGUAUGAUUAGGCUAGAAGUCAGC